CGCGUGUGUGCGCGUGUGUGUGUUCGCUCGCGUGCCUUCCUGGAAGCGGAGCGCCAUCUUAGCUCACCAUGGAGGGUUUAAACGGGAAAAGACUCGGACAGGACUAACCUUCCGCUAAAUUACUCCGUUUCGUCUAAAAUGAUUUAUUUUACGCUGUGAUAUCAUUAAAGGUUUAUAUAUAUAUUUAAAUUCAGGAUUUUUUUGUUGUAAAAAAAAAGGGAUAUCGACAUCACACGGGGUGACUUUUGUUUUUGAAACCUAUUUUGUUUUGUUUAUGUGUUAGCACAGCUAGCCGUCUAGCUAACCUUCACUUCCAGACGGAUAUGGCGUCUUCCAACCCAGACAUGUCCGAUAUGUCCCCUCUGGGCAUGGCGGGGUCAGCUGGGUCUCACGGCAGCGCCGUCGUGCCGAAGAGCAGCAAUAAACGAGCCGCCCCCUCUGACUUUGAUGACGAUGAUGGAGGGAAGCUCUUCAGGUGUGACGAUGACUCGGGCGGCGGUAACGACAAGGAGCGAUUCGCCAGGGAGAACCACAGCGAGAUCGAGCGGCGCAGGCGCAACAAGAUGACCGCCUACAUAACGGAGUUGUCAGAGAUGGUGCCUACGUGCAGCGCGUUGGCACGGAAACCAGACAAGCUCACCAUCCUGCGCAUGGCCGUGUCUCACAUGAAGACGCUGAAGGGCAGCGGCAACACGGGGACAGACGGCACAUACAAGCCGUCCUUCCUCACCGAUCAGGAGCUGAAGCACCUGAUAUUGGAGGCGGCAGACGGGUUCCUCUUUGUGGUGUCGUGUGAGAACGGGCGCUUGGUGUACGUCUCGGACUCGAUCACGCCGGUGCUGAACCAGACUCAGUCCGACUGGCUUGGUUCGUCUCUGUACGAUCAGCUCCACCCCGACGAUAAGGACAAGCUGAGAGAACAGCUGACCACCACCGAGAACAACAACAACAACGGCCGCAUGCUGGAUCUGAAGACGGGCACAGUAAAGAAGGAGGGAAGCCAGACGACGGUCAGAAUGAGCAUGGGGGCGCGUCGCUCCUUCAUCUGCAGAAUGAGGUGUGGGACGUGUCCCGUGGAGCCGAUUUCCAUGAACAGACUCGGCAUUCUGAAGAGCAGAAACAGGAGCGGGUUGGGUCCUGUUAAAGACGGAGAGCCGCAGUUCGUGGUCGUGCAUUGCACAGGGUACAUCCGAUCCUGGCCUCCUGCAGGUGUUACUCUGUCAGAGGAAGAGGUCGAGGGCGGACAGGGCAACCGCUACUGUCUAGUCGCCAUUGGAAGGCUCCAGGUGACAUGUUGCCCCAGCGACAACAGCCUGAGCACCAUCAGCGUCCCGGUGGAGUUUAUUUCUCGGCACAACGCUCAGGGGACGUUCACGUUCGUGGAUCAUCGCUGCGUGGCUACGGUCGGCUACCAGCCUCAGGACCUUCUGGGAAAGAACUUUCUAGAACUGGCUCAUCCCGAGGACCAGGGGCUCCUAAGGGACAGCCUGCAGCAGGUGGUGAAGCUGCGGGGUCAGGUGCUGUCCGUGAUGUUCCGCUUCUGCACCAAAUCGGGCGAGUGGAUCCUCAUGCGGACGAGUUCGUUCACCUUCCUGAAUCCGUACUCGGAGGAGGUCGAGUACAUCAUCUGCACCAACACUAACGUCAAUAAAGCUCCGAAUCAGGACGCUCUCUCCCCUCUGUCCUCCCCCAGGGGGGCGUUACCCCCCUCUCUGGGGCAGAACAGCCCCUCAGCCUCCAGCCCGGGGCAGAUAAAGCACGCCAGGCAGCUCCAACAACAGCAGCAGGCAGAGUUAGAAGGAGGAGGAGGAGGAGGAGGGAGGGAGGAAAUCUACGAGGCUGCACAGGUGUCUCUGCCUCAGGUUCCAGUGCAGCCAGUAGGACCAGAUCCUAAUCAUUCUAAGGUCAUGGCCUCCAGUGCACCCCCUACUGGACAGCAGGUCUAUACGCCUUCUGCCUCUUUCAGCACAAACGCACGCACCAAUGAUUCCUUCAGGCAAGCUCCGUCUGCAACCCAGAUGUUGUCCCACAUGUCACGUCAGAGCGCCCCUUCUGGUCUCUCUGUGAACAACAGCAGCCCAGUUCAGACUCAGAGUGCAAACCCGGCACCCCCGGCGUCCUGGGCUCAACCACGCGCUCCCUUUAACACGCAGGCAGGAAAAAGUCAAUCACCCCAGUUCUCCAUGGGGAAUUUUAGCUCCGCCCCUUCUUCAUCAGCACCUUCCUCUUUUGGACAAAUGGGUGGCGCGUCAGCUAAUGUAGCAGCAAACACGGCUAAUUACUCGCAAAUGGGUCCUCGAGGCCACCAGCCCACUAACGGAUACAGUGAUGUGAGCCAGGCAGGCCCGCAGUUCUCCUCAAGACCAGCAGAGGCAGCAGCAGCGUGGCAGCAGUGGCAAAAUCAAGCACACACACAAAACACAGCGGAGACGCAUCCUCAUAUACAGAACAGCCAAACAGAGAUGUAUACCGAUGUUCUGUCCAUGCUGGAUUCAUCUGCGAGCUUCAACAACGAAGACUUCACAGAAAUACCCAUGUUCCCUCCGUUUCCUGAGUGAUCCCUACCAUCCUCUGUCCUUCUCUCUUUCUUGUUCCUUUUUGUUUCAUCAAGAAACAAAACAAAAGGGGAAAUUUGUUUCAUUUGUUACUUUUGUUUUGCUUGUAAAAAUAUGUCUCUCGGAGUAGACAUUUCCUCCACGGAGGAAGCAGCUGUGUUCUAAUAACCACGCACAAGUGCACAAAGUGAGCACAAUCGGUCCAACACACUGAGUUAGGUUUAUCCGGUCGCACCCCCAGAAAGAUGCACAAACACACUCGCACUCACUCGUUUGCAGUUUUAGCCCGAGCCCAAGGAAUGUUUCAAAUGUCGAAUUUCAUAUUCAGUAGCAAUAAUCGUUAAAUGUUUUACAAUGUUAUCACAGUAUAAUAGUUGUAUAUUUUUUUUAAAAGUAAAAGAGGUGGUCCUUAUCCUUCUUUUUAAAAUGGGACUGCUGUUAUUGCACUGCCUUAAAAUGCUACCUACGUAGCUACCUACACCUCUUCCUGAGCAGAGCACAGAGGGAGUGACCACAUUUUAACAGAUGAGUAUCGUGAUUAUAUAUUUGUAUAGGUAAUUAUGAGGUUUUUUAUUUUACAAAUUGUCAGAAAAGCAUUUAUCAUACCAUUUACUGUCUCAAAUGCAUACGCAAAUAACCGACCAAUCUUAUCCUUAUUAAUUUAAUGCUGAUGAGAAAUGAGGUAAGCCUGCAUCAGCUGCAACUGUGGUGCUCAGUUAUAAUCGACUUUGUUCCUUUCCUAAUCUAAAUAAACAAUUGUUCACAAACUCCUUGCGUUCAAUAUAGUAUAAUUUUCUUUUCUUUUUUUUAUUUAAAAAAUUGUCAAA